AUGCAAAAAGAAUUUCUUUACGUUUACAGUUGUGAUCUGGAUCGCAAUGUUCAGGUUCGAGUCGGCUCAUUGGAAGGAAGUGCAUCAAUUUUUACACGUUCACCAAUUGUCAACGGUGGUAAUUACUUCGUCACCAUAUCCGUGUAUUGUAACGGUCGUUUAGUGGGUGUACCCGUAUCUACAUCCUAUAAACCUCCACCGUCAUCAUCACGAGUCGCGUUGCACACAUGGGAUGAAUGGAUAACAUUACCCGUUAAAUAUAGCGAGUUAAGUCGGGAUGCAUUUAUCUAUACACGUCUUUAUGACGUUUCACCGUUUACAAGAGCGCAUUUGUUAGCGCAUUCUUCAUUGGCAUUGUUCAGCAAGCGUGCCGUGUUACGGUCAGGCACUUUGAGUUUACGAAUGCAACUGGUUAGCAGCACAUCCAAUGAAACAGCCAUUGAUAACGGAACAGAACCGUGCAGCGAUGAGAACGUACAACCGUUGUUUCCUUCUGAGUUAGUCAAAGAAUGCGAUGUUGAUCGUUUGCAUAAAUUGACAAAGGAGUAUGGUGAGAAAUUGAUUGAGCAUGUCGAUUGGUUGGAUCGUAUCACAUUUCCAUGCAUUGAAAAGAUCAAAAAGGAGAGGGAGGUGGAUGAACGUAGUGUAUAUUUAAUGAUCGAAAUGAUACGUGUUGAGUAUUGCGGUAAUCGUUAUUCAGUGAUUUAUUAUGAAAAUAAUGAUGAACCAAAACUGGGUGCCUCAUGUGCUCUUCACAGCCAUAUAACGAGCAACAGCAAUGUAACUGCUGAUCCGGAAUUAGGAAUGGAAAAUUUAUGUGAAACAAAACAUCAUAUGAUGACACGUAAUGCUCGUGCAGAUAGCAUUGAUCGCGAGCUGAAACCGAAUGCGGCCGCUCGAGACUCUUUGCAGAAUAUAAUCCAGAUGCCAUCCUCACAUGCAAUAAGUGUUGAACAACGUGAUUUGAUAUGGAAAUUCCGUUACUAUUUAAAAAACAAUCGGAAAGCUUUAACAAAAUUUGUACGUUCUGUGAAUUGGGAAGAAAGUGAAGAAGCAUCACAGGCGCUCCAACUUAUUUUAAGUUGGCAACCGGUGGAUGCUGGUGACGCUUUGGAACUUCUCUCGCCAGCAUUUCUGGACGGUCGUGUACGUCGAUAUGCAGUGUCACGUCUCGCACACGCAUCCUCCGAGCAGAUUCUACUGUAUUUGCCACAACUUGUUCAAGCACUCAAAUACGAGCCGUAUACUGCCGAUGUUGCUCUACUUACUUCGAAGAGUGAAGUCUCAGAGGACGACACACAAGCGAACGAUUCGCCGUUAGAAACUGGUUUUGACAGUGCGAAUCGUGCAUCCUCAUCGUCGGGUGCAGUACUAUCCAACAGCGCAGAGCGUGAUCGCGAAUCAUCUGGCGAUGAUUUGACGUCUUUUCUCAUUCGAAGUGCGUGCUCUGAACCGUUGAUUGCCAAUUACCUCUAUUGGUAUCUCAAAGUUGAGGUGGAGGCGACGGCAGAAGUGGACGUCGGAGUGUCACGCAUGUAUGAAAGUGUUCUCUGUCGACUACUCGCAUCCCUUCGUUCAGCAUGCGCUGAAUCGAGGCGUCGUGCCGCUUCUUUGGACCGUCAGCAAAAUUUCAUCAAUUUAUUGGUUUCAAUGGCAAAAUUGGUGUCGCAAGAGAGCGGAAGUCGAGCGCAAAAGGAGAAGGCAUUACGCAAGGCACUAUGUGACGAAUACGAACUGCUUGAUUUGGGUGGUCUACCGUUGCCGCUCGAUCCAUCGGUGCGUGUGAAUAGCAUCGUGCCCGAAGCAGCGUCUCUUUUCAACAGCAAUCUAAUGCCGAUGAAAUUGUCGUUCAAAACUGAGAACAAUCAAACUUAUAUUACCAUCUUCAAACGAGGCGAUGAUCUGAGGCAAGAUCAACUUGUUAUUCAAAUGAUUCGUUUAAUGGACGGUAUUCUGAGAGCAGACGGACUGGAUCUGAAGUUGACACCAUACUCUGUGCUAGCCACAUCCGUUUCUGAGGGCUUUGUACAGUUCGUUAAAGCAACACCACUUCGCGAUGUGAUCUCUAAUUGGGGUUCUAUUCAGGAAUGUCUGCGUUCAUUCCGACCGUACACUGGUGGACCGUUCGGAAUCGAGCCCGAAGUAAUCGAUAAUUACGUUCGAUCUUGUGCUGGUUAUUCGAUUAUCUGUUAUAUUUUGGGAAUUGGUGACCGUCACCUACAUAAUUUGCUCUUAUGUGAGAACGGUCGAAUGUUUCACGUUGAUUUCGGUUAUAUUCUCGGUAGAGACCCGAAACCGCUGCCGCCACCGAUGAAACUUACCACGGAAAUGAUCAACGCAAUGGGUGGAUCGCACAGCAAGGAAUGGAAAGAUUUUCGUGCAUUUUGCUUUUCGGCAUUUAAUAUUCUACGGCGACAUGCCAAUCUUAUCCUUAAUCUCUUUUCACUUAUGCUCGAUGCGGGUAUUCCGGAUAUUGCAAUUGAGAAGGAUAAAGCUGUACAAAAAAUUGAACAGAGGUUCCAUCUAACGUUGAGCGACGAACUAGCUGAUCAGCAGAUUCAACGUCUCAUCGAUGAAUCGGCGAAUGCCAAAAUGCCAAGAAUAGUUGAUUUUAUGCACGACGUGCGACAGAUGAUCUCAAACUGA